CUCUACUCUCUCACUCCUCCAAUAAUCUCCAUCUCUCUAUUUCUUCUGUUUUUUUACAUUUUACUUUCAACAAUAUUAAUGGCUGGUUUCGAGGGUUUUGAAAAAAGAUUGGAGCUCCAUUUCUUUGGUGACGACCCGGUGAUUAUGGGUCUUAGGGUUCUUGAAUUUGAGUCGUUGGUUAAUGUAUUAAACGCGGUACAAUGUACUGUUGUAUCAGCUGUUGGUAACCAGUAUUUUGAUGCUUACGUAUUAUCAGAAUCCAGUCUUUUUGUUUACCCUACUAAAAUUAUCAUCAAAACAUGUGGGACCACUCAGCUUCUUAAAUCUAUCCGUCCAUUGUUACACUAUGCUUGUAAUCUUGGCCUUUCGUUGGGUUCUUGUAGGUACACCAGAGGUAACUUUAUCUUCCCUAAAUCACAGCCGUCCCCUCAUACCAGUUUUAAAGAAGAAGUUAUUUAUCUCGAAGAAAAUUUACCGGCCACUCUUUGUUAUAGAAAAGCCUCUGUUAUGCCUUCUAAAAUGAGUUCUCAUUCGUGGCAUGUUUUUACUGGCAGCGAUCAGAAUCAUUUCAUUUCUCAAAAUGAUGAUCUUUAUACUGUUGAGGUUUGCAUGACUGAGCUUGACCGUGUUUUAGCUAGAAAUUUCUUUCAGCCACCGGGUGAUGGGAAAAUCGGAGAUGUCGCCGGUAAAGAAAUGACGAAGCUUACCGGAAUUUGUGAUAUCAAUGCGGCGGCUUUAAUUUGUGAUUUUGCGUUUGAUCCUUGUGGAUAUUCGAUGAAUGGUGUUGAUAACGAUCGUUACUCCACCAUUCAUGUUACUCCGGAGGACGGUUAUAGCUAUGCGAGCUUCGAAUGUGUCGGCUCCGUAUUCGACGUUAAUGACAAUGACGUGGCGGAGGUUUUAAGAAAAGCAGUUCAAGUUUUCCGGCCGGCGAAUGUUUCUGUUGCUACUACAUGCAAUAGCCAUGAAGUAUGGGCACGUGUUGCGCAUGCACUCGAGCCGCUUGGAAUGAAAUGCCGGAGUUGCACGGUGGAUGAGUUUCCGGCGGCAGGAAGCGUUGUGUUUCAAACGUUCACACUCCGCCGGAAGUAAAUGGUGAAGGCGGAAAUGGUAGAUACAUUGGAGGUGAAAGAGAGAGUUAGGGUUUUAGAGUUCAUUAGAGAAAAAUCUAGGGCGGGUGAUAUCUAAGUGAUGACGUGGGAAAUGGUGAUUGGCGAGGGAGGGGUGAUGAAUGUGGGGUUGACUUGUGUAGAAAGAUUAGAAAAGAAAAAACAUAAUAUUGUUGGAAGCAUUAAAAAAAUGAAUGAAAAUGGGAAGUAUAAUGAUAAUGCACCCCACUUAGGGUUUGUCACGCCUAAGAUCUUUGAGGUAUUUUGUGUAGUGGGGAGAUAAAAAAAAAGUGCUCUUAAUUUGAUUUUUCAGAUUUAUAUGAAUUUUCUUUUCUUUGGGUUCUUUCUAUAAUUUUCUUAUUGAUUUUUCUCA